UACUGCAUCAUGACUGAAAAUGUGAAAAUGAUCGUUACGGAAGUAAAUAAAUUAUUAGGACGAAAUUACAAUCUAAUCGGAUUCAAUGCCUUAAAUGCUGAAGAUUUAUUGCAGAUAUUAUGCAGCGUUAUAAUGAAAAUACAGCAACAAGAUGGUCCAGACAUUGAUACUAAAUUGGACUCACCAGAAGAAAAUUCUAUAUAUAUUUUAACAGCCCUCCGAAUACUUAAUUAUCAACCUGAUGUGGAUCCCGUAACAUUUAGACAAGGUUUAGUUCGAGGUGACACCGAAAUUAUUUAUCCCAUUUUAACAUGGCUUUUGACGCAUAUCGACAUAGUUCAGAAAAGAGCAUAUCUCUCACAGUUUCUCGUCAAGAUUGAAAUCCCACCGGAAUAUCUGGGAGAUUCGGAAAUAUCACUUCUGUACGAGCAAUAUUUGUCUCUUGUCGAUAAAUUUAAGACAGUUCAUAAAGAAAGAGAAAUAGGAAAGAAAAAUGUUGAAACUGCUGCUGAACUUGCAACAGACCUAGAAGCAAUGACAAAGGAAAAAGAAGCAGUAACAGCGCGUAUUGCUAAAAUCAAAUUAAAAGCUGAACCCGCGCUGCAUUUACUAGAUGCCUGCAAAAUGUUACGAAUGGAAAGAGAUAAGGAACGUGAUUUAAUAUCGCAGAAGGAGCAAGAGGAAGACACUAUCUCCAAUUUGCAGAAUUCCCUUCAACGAGUCGAACGUGAAUUAUAUACUUUGAAACGCGACAGUACCGGACUUACACCACAAAUAUUAAUCCAACAUCUAACAGAGGAAGUAACGGUACAAUUUGCGAUUGUGAAAGAGAAACUUCCGUCUGAAUUAAAAACAAAAAAGAAUCGGAUAAGAGCACUAUCAAUAAUCAAGGAAUAUUCUUAUUUGGGCCCGGAUAAAAUUUUAACCAUGAGAAACAAUUUGGACGCAAUAUUAAAAGACAUACAAGAUUUAGUGGAAUCUAAAAUAUCUAAAAAUGACAUUGAUAAAAUGGGACCAUUUAGACAACAAGCUGCCGCUGUUGGAAAUAUGAAACGGAAUGCUCUCGAACGUUUAGAAAAAAUUGAAGGUUCCUUAGAGGAAUUACAAUCACGAUUAAAAGAGAAACACAAUCAUUCAAAAAUGUUGAUGGAGACGUUAAUACCUAGGGCAGAGGAAUUGAAAAAGUACAUCAAUCGUUUAAAGACCAGGGGUACGGUAUAUAAACGUUGCAAAACGGAGAUAGCUGGCUUGAAAGCAGAAAAUGGUGUACUUCAGCGAACAGCGACUAUUCUAGAUGGACAAAUAACUUCUUCUUAUUCAAGGAAUGUUACAUCUAAAGUAAUAAUUCCAGAAACUUAUAUGGUGGAUAAUGCAUUAGUGACAAAUGUUCAAUUAUCUCAUUCGAUAUUGGCUUUACGAACCAAUCUUGCCCCAGUUAUAAGAGAUAUGAAGACACUACGACAAACAGCACGUGAAACGGAUGAGAGAUAUCAGAAAGCAUGUAAAAGUCACAACACUGUAGAAACAAGUAUGAAAAAUACAACGAGCGAUCUAUUAUCCGAAACAAAACGGCUGAAAGAUAAAUUGUCGCAGGAUACUAAGGAUGUGGAACAAUUGCGACAAAAAAUUGCAAAAAUGAAGACUAUCGAAGAAAGACUACACAAUGAAGCAGAAACAAGAAAUAUUAGCAAUAUAGGACAAAUAUUAAAACAGGAAUUACAUAAUAUGAUUGUAACGGAAGAAGAAACAUUAAGAAAUUUAAACAAGGAACAAGAGAAGAUAAAAAAACAUAUCUUGCAAUAUGAAAAUAAAACACACCAAUGGAAUAAUAUCAUAUCAAUAUUUUCUUGUAAAAUUCAAUGUGCAGAAGAAAGUAAACAAACCGAUGGCGUAGUUGUACGAAGAGGAGGUGCCGAAACUCUUGUGUUGCAAUAAUAGUAAUUUAUUUCAUAUGUGAUAUUUAAUAUUUAAAAUUUUAUUUUAAGACUAUAU